AAAAGUGAAGUGGGAAAUCCGAAAUUGGCAGCAGUUGCAAGCAAGAACGCAACGCAAGAACGCAACGCAAGGCAGCCAACAAAAAUAAAUUUCCCUCCCUCCCUUUAGAGAGAGAAACUCUUUAAGCUCUUUUGUCUUUUCUUUACAUUUCGUCGUCAGAUCUGAAGAUCUAGAGAAAUAAUUUUGGUUUCGGUUGAUGGAAAAUGGAGUUCAUAGACAGAUUGCCGAGCAUGGAUCUAAUGCGGUCGGAGAAGAUGUCAUUUGUUCAGCUUAUAUUUCCUGUCGAAUCUGCUCAUAGAGCCGUUUCUUAUCUUGGGGAAAUUGGACUCCUUCAAUUCAAAGAUUUAAACGAUAGUAAAAGUCCUUUUCAGCGGACAUUUGUCAAUCAGGUAAAACGAUGUGGAGAGAUGUCACGGAAGUUACGGUUCUUUAAAGAUCAAAUCAGCAAGGCCGGUCUAGCAUCUUCUGCUCAUCCUGGCAUGCAACCUGAUAUUGAAUUAGAAGAUUUAGAGAUACGACUUUCUGAGCAUGAAACAGAACUUAUUGAAAUGAACGCCAACAGUGAGAAACUACGACAAACUUAUAAUGAGCUCUUAGAGUUCAAGAUGGUACUGAAUAAGGCAGGUGAAUUUCUUGUUACAGUUCCGAACCAUUCAACUACACAGGAGAGAGAGUUGGAUGAAAAUGUGUUUUUGAAGGAUGAUUAUGUGGAGAAUGCGUCAUUGCUUGAGGAGCAAAUGCACCCUGGGCCAGCUAUGCAACCUAGUUUAAGAUUUAUUAGCGGGAUUAUCUCCAAGUCCAAAGUUUUAAGAUUUGAGAGGAUGCUAUUCCGUGCUACAAGAGGCAAUAUGCUUUUUAAUCAGGCAACAGCUGAAGGGUACGUCGCGGACCCCAUAUCUGGUGAAAUGGUCGAGAAAACAGUGUUUGUAGUUUUCUUUUCAGGGGAGCAAGCAAAAAAUAAAAUACUGAAAAUUUGUGAAGCAUUCAGUGCAAAUUGCUACCCUGUACCUGAAGACAUCACCAAACAGAGGCAUAUAACUCAAGAGGUUUCAGCCAGAUUGUCCGAGUUAGAAACCACACUAGAUGCUGGGACACGUCAUCGAGAUAAAGCCCUUACUGAAAUUGGAUUCUACUUGCGAAAGUGGAUAAUCAUGGUAAGAAAGGAGAAAGCUGUGUAUGAUACUUUGAAUAUGCUCAACUUUGAUGUCACGAAGAAAUGUCUUGUUGGAGAGGGAUGGUGCCCAACAUUUGCAAAACCUCAGAUUCAAGAUGCACUGCAGCGAGCAACAAUUGAUAGCAAUACACAAGUGGGAAUAAUAUUUCACAUGAUGGAUACCAUGGAAUCACCGCCUACUUAUUUUAAAACCAACAACUUCACUAGCGCCUAUCAGGAAAUUGUUGAUGCAUAUGGUUUUGCUAGAUACCAAGAAGCAAAUCCUGCAGUUUAUACUGUUAUUACUUUUCCAUUUCUUUUUGCUGUGAUGUUUGGGGACUGGGGUCAUGGCUUAUGCCUGUUGAUUGGUGCUUUAAUUCUUAUAGCUCAAGAGCGCAAACUGGCAUCUCAGAAACUUGGCAGCUUCUUGGAGAUGGCAUUUGGUGGGCGCUACGUGCUUCUUUUGAUGUCUAUCUUUUCUAUUUAUUGCGGUUUAAUCUACAACGAAUUCUUCUCUGUUCCAUUUCAUAUAUUCGGUCAGAGUGCUUAUAGAUGCCGAGAUACUCAAUGCAGUGAGGCACGUACCAUUGGAUUGAUUAAAUACCGUGAUCCAUACCCAUUCGGUCUGGAUCCUAGCUGGCGUGGAAGUCGUUCAGAGCUACCUUUUCUUAACUCCCUUAAAAUGAAGAUGUCAAUUUUAUUUGGUGUGACUCAGAUGAACUUAGGAAUCAUAAUGAGUUAUUUCAAUGCAAGGUUCUUUGGAAGUUCAAUAGAUGUAAGGUACCAGUUUAUACCGCAAAUGAUAUUUCUUAACAGCCUCUUUGGGUAUCUGGCACUCCUCAUUGUCAUAAAGUGGUGCACAGGAUCUCAGGCAGAUCUCUAUCAUGUGAUGAUUUAUAUGUUCUUGAGUCCUACUGAUGAUCUUGGAGACAAUCAGUUGUUUCCAGGCCAGAGACCUCUGCAGAUAGUGUUGUUACUUUUGGCUUUUGUCGCUGUUCCUUGGAUGCUCUUUCCAAAGCCUUUUAUUUUGAAGAAGCAACAUUCUGAGAGAUUUCAAGGUCGUACAUAUGGAAUGCUUGGCACCUCAGAAAUGGAUCUUGAAGUGGAGCCUGAUUCUGCAAGGCAACAUCACGAAGAUUUCAAUUUCAGUGAGGUUUUCGUGCAUCAAAUGAUACACUCUAUUGAGUUUGUUCUGGGUGCAGUUUCAAAUACUGCAUCAUACCUUCGUCUGUGGGCUCUGAGCUUGGCCCACUCGGAGCUGUCAACUGUUUUCUAUGAGAAAGUCCUUCUCCUUGCCUGGGGGUAUGAUAAUCCCGCAAUUCGGUUGGUAGGACUUUUGGUUUUUGUGUCUGCCACAGCUUCCGUAUUACUUGGGAUGGAAACACUUAGUGCCUUACUGCAUGCCUUGCGUCUCCACUGGGUGGAAUUUCAGAACAAGUUCUACUAUGGUGAUGGGUACAAGUUCAAACCCUUCGCUUUUUCCACCUUGGCCGACGAAGAAGAAUGACCAGUGUUAUAUUUCCAUCGCAAGCAUCAACACAAUGCCCUACUUGUUUAACCUCCAACUGAAAAUACAAAGUGAAGAAAAGAAGAGAACCAAGAAUAUAUACACAGUGAUGGAUCUCGAUUGAAGUCUAUCGAGAGCUGCAAAGGUUGAUUCUCCUUUGUCCUGCCAUUUUAAAACCGUAACUUAAUGUAAAAUUCAUUUUCCAAAUUUCUUUCAGAAAGGUAUUUUGGGUAUAGAAAAGAGCAUAUGUAAAGUUUCUAUUUGAGGCUGUUGUUAGAUCCACACUCAUGUAUUUUUUUCCUUUUUGAGGCUAAGAAUUAAGGAACUAAGAAAGUAAUCUUAAAAUACAAUGUAACUGCUCUUAUGUAUCAGAUCAUCAGAGGAGCAAAUUAUAAUGAUUUUUACACACAAGAAGUGUGAAUUUUGCAGAAAAAAUUGGUACUGCUUCAUAGGCAAUCUAUAUUUACAUAAUGGA